ACACCAUACCAAUCCCACAUGAUAUCUAUACUGUCCCAUAUCAUGCCCACAUAUGGGUCAUAUAUGGCCCAAACUUUGCCAUAUCUUUCCCAUACUUUUGCUAUGGUAAGGGAAACUUCGUCAUAACUUUAUCAAAAAGACAAAUAUCAGAGAGAAUACGAGCUUUGUUCAGAAGUGUUGAUGGCGAUAUGUUUUACCCACCGUCGGUGUGGCCAAAUGAUAUGAGAAGUGCGUUUUGGAAGAAACCAAUUGGUGAUGAAGAAACAUUUAAGUUAGUGCUGUUCCUGAUGGGCAAUGGCUGUCCGCCAAUAAUGAUAAAAGAUUGGAUUGUGUCUUCAACAUUUUGGGAUAAAAAUAAAACAGUCAAACGAUGGGAACAAGUAAAUUGGAUUAUAGCGAACAUUACUAAACAUGAGAGAAGAAGAUGGUUUUAUUUUGAUUUACAUUUCAAAAAGUUUUUGUAUAUGGAUCGAUCUGAAAGAGUAAAAGGAUCUAGUUCAAACUGA